AUGACAGCAGAGGAACCCUUGGGCCCCUGGGUGUCCAGCUGUGUAGGAGAGGUGAAAUUAAUGCCUGAACACGGACUGGAGGAGGAGCUCGACAGCUGCAACCAACAAGUUACACAAUGUCACACAGACACAAACUUUGAGGACUGUGCAACUGUCACUGACAGUCUGUGCAGUGAGGAGCCGUUCUGUAGGAUUUGCCAUGAGGGCAGCGGGUCCGGGGAGCUGCUGUCCCCCUGCGAGUGCUCCGGCACCCUGGCCAUGGUGCACCAGGCCUGCCUGGAGCACUGGCUCACUGCCUCCAACAGCAGCCACUGUGAACUCUGCCACCACCACUUUACACUGGAGCGCCUGCCAAAACCUUUCAGUGAGUGGCUGUGUUCUCCCUCCAUGCAGCAGCAGAGGAGGACACUAUGUGGUGAUGCAGUGUGUUUCUUCUUCAUCACACCUCUGGCCAGUCUGUCAGGAUGGCUGUGUGUUCAGGGAGCCAUGGACCUCUACUACACCAACGGCAUGGAGGCCCUGGGGCUCCUGAUCCUUACACUGGCCCUCUUCACCAUAUACGUCUUCUGGACCAUGGUGUCUGUGCGCUACCACAUGCACCUAUUCAAGACGUGGAAGAAGACGGACCAGAAAGUGCGACUGCAGGUUCCGUUACCCGGUCACACCACACCCAACCAACAGAGCCUGUCCAUAAACGUCCUCUGCAAAGCCACCAACAAAGAAACUAUGGUGUAG